AUGUCCAGUACAUUUGAUCUGGUCUCGCGACCUGAAGCUGGCGAAACAACUCGACAUACUUCCAAGAAAGCAAUAUGCGUGUGCAUUAUAGUGKUAUGCAUACUAGUUGCUGCAUGUGUAGCGUUGACUGUGGUCCUUAUUCUUGGCCUYCACUGUUCUAAACAAACAUCAACAACACCUUCAACAAAGUCUAAAACAUCUUUAGCUGACUCAGUGAAGUUUCUAUGGAUAACUGAUCUUCAUCUUGAUACGUUUUACAACGAUGAAGUUACUGCCAAACCAACACUGUGCAGAAAGCUGGGAAGUUAUGGAAAUGCAAGCUAUAAAGCUAGCUAUGGCCGAAUUGGAUGUGAUUCGCCUGUUGCUUUGAUUGACAGCAUGUUCGCAAGUGCUUCUGGGACUGUUGGUGAUGCGGGAUUUGUUCUUAUAACAGGCGAUCUCUCAGCUCACGACGUAAGCGAACCGUACUUCAAUAACGCAACCAAACCCUCUGAACGAACUUUGAACAAUAUMUUCACGGUGGUCAACAAAACCAGGGCAGCGUUUCCCAGGAUUCCUGCGUUCCCAAUGCUUGGUAACAAUGACCUUCCUGGACAUUACCAAUUACCAGUAAAUAAUGACUGGUAUACCAAAACACUGGCAUCAUUUGCACCACUUAUUCUGUGUGAUGGAUGUCCAGAUAAUGUGCCCAAACCAACUGAUCUGGAAACUCUUAAGAAGACUUUCCUGGACRGUGGCUACUAUCGUGUUAAUUUACCAAAGACAGAUGAUCGCCUCGUUCUGUUGGUUCUCAACAGUUUAUACUGGAACAUCAAAGCAUCCAAGAAGCCUCAACGCUCAGAUUUUCAUGAAAUUGCAGACAGACAGAUGGAAUGGCUUGAAGAACAGCUGAAACAAGCUAAGAAGAACGAACAGAAAGUAUUCCUGACAAGUCACAUUUCACCSGGAAUCGAUCCCUACAACGGAGCAGUCUUAUGGACAAGUAACUACACCGAAAUAUAUGUAAACCUUGUGGCUGGAAAAUACAGAGACAUUGUUGCAGGUCAACUUUACGCCCAUAUUCACAAAGACGACUUCCACCUUCAAGUGGUAGAUGCGCAAACGCCAAGUAUAGUUCCCAGUGGCACCCCAUCACCCGUUGAUAAGUCAUUUGUCAUUUUCAGUGCGCCAGUCUCUCCAAUCUACCGAAACAAUCCCGCUUACAGUGUAGUAUAUAUUGAUGGCAAAAAGCAAGCAUUACUGGAUUUUGACACGUUUUUUAUGGAUCUUGUCAUUGCAACAGAAUUUAAAUCUCCAAAAUGGCAGUUUGGAUACAGAUUCAGCGAUCGUUACCCUUCCUCUAAUCCUUACAUUGAUGCAGAAAGAAUCUACCAACUAAACCAAGAACUGAUCAACACAAGCAAGACCUGGUUAAGUUACGUGUAUGCGCGCACAGUUUUCUACAAUCCCGGUUCCUACUCGCGGUUUUCUCUAUAUUGCGCAAUGAGAUACGUCUUUGAGAAAGACUAUAAAAAGUGCGUCGAAAGAUUCCUUGUACCCGAAGGAUAAACAUGGUCUGGAUUUAGUUUGUAUGUCGGAAUGAUAUAUUUGCAAUUAUUUAUG